AGCCUUUCAACCAAACCGGAAGUUGUCCGAGGCUUAUUACGCACGCACAUGUUACCUUCGCUUGCUUUGGUGGCCGCUGUCCUGAAAACAUGAAGCUCCUGACGCACAACAUGCUCACCUCCCACGUGCGAGGAGUGAGGCCCGGUGGAGGAUUCCCCCUUCGUAUCCAGGCCACAGAAGUGAAGGUGAACAAUGUCGAUUUCAACCCGGAGUUCACAGCGCGGAUGGUACCCAAGGUGGAAUGGGCAGCUUUGGUAGAGGCAGCGGAGAGUUUGGGUCACCGAUCAGACCUGCCCCCUGAGCCCAUCCCUGACUUCGAGAGCAAUGAGGAUUUCCUUCGAAAAGUCCAUCAUGUGCUGAUGGAGGUGGAAGUGGUGGAAGGUGUGCUGAAAUGCCCAGAUACUGGGCGUGAGUUUCCCAUAACUAAAGGGAUACCUAACAUGUUGCUGAGCGAAGAGGAGACUUGAGCUGGUUUGUGUCAAUGGAGCUUUGAGAAGCAAGCCUUGCGGGUGAUGGGGGGUGGGAUAUGUUCCUGUGGAAAGCCCAGCACCCUUCUUUUUCUGUUGGGGGGAGGAGAUGCUCUGAAUAUAAUAUUGGGUUGCUUUUUUGUGCAUGUAAAUAAAUGCAAGUUCUUGAA